CUUUAAAGCCGUUUUUCUCGAAAAUUACAAAAAUUGAGUAAAUCGGUUGACGUAUACUCUACUCGAUAAAUAAACGUUGAUCAUACAACACGCUGCAGGUGCGACCAGAUGCUUCAACAAGUGCGAAGAGGGCCAGAGUAUGUGAGAGCCGUGUCCAAGCACUCGGGCGUAUUCGACUUGAUGAGGAACAAGACGAGCAUGCACGUGUCGUAUCACUGUCCAAACCCAGUGAUCGGUAUGUUCAAUCUGCUUCAAAUCAACGAAAAAUUGGGCCUGCCGUUGCCGGAUUGGUACACCGAGGAGGUCAAAAGGGAGCACAGGAGCGCCUACGCCGAGGUGAUGCGGUCAAAGGCCCACACGAUCAGGCAAAGGAGACUCGACGGCGGCCCCUUGGUGAGGACCACCCUGGAGAACAUGAACUUGAACGGGAGCUUGACCAAUCCACGAAAGAUAUACCUCUACAGCGGACACGACAUGACCCUGUAUGGGUUUUUCAAGGCGUUGGAUGUCGGCGAUCACGAUCACGUUGACUUUGGCACGACCAUCGUACUCGAGAAGCUCCGGGACUCCCGCAAUAAUCGGAUUUUCGUGAGGUUUCUAGUGUACAGCCCGAUCGAGGACAAAACGAUAGCCGUGAGGGUCGGCGGUUGCGGGGAGUUUUGCCCGGCCGAGGACUACGUGAAACACAUAGCCAAUGUGGUGCCAACGGACGAGGAAAGGGACGUUCUUCUCAACGAGUUCAACGUGGGCAGGUUGAAGGACCUGUUCUUCGUCGACGAGAAGGUCAGGAAACCAUCGGCCCAGGCUCGCGAGUUUGAUCCCUACGCGUGUGUGUACAAGAACAAUGCCCAGGAGGAUUGGAACGAUGUUUAACAUGUGGACAUUAUGGCAUUGGGGCGUUUUGUGUGACGAAAUCGAGGCACGCGAGUUGACGGUGUUGUUUCAUUUUUAGGGGACCUGUAAUUUUGUCGGAGCAAAAAGUGUAUAGCCACUUAUAAAUCGUCUGUUUUUAGUGUAAAACAAAUUUUUAACUUAGCAUGAGGGCUAUCUGAGUUGGUCACGUGGUGUAUUUGUGGAUGUAUGUAUGUUAUCAAAUUUUUCGACCAACAAUUGUUAUCCAAAGUUGUAGAUCACGAUAAAAUAUAACUUUUUUCUAUAAUACAUGUUGCUCUGUAAGGCAAAAUAUAUGCACGAAAACAACGAGAAAAACCCGUUUUUUGCCACUUACAGAAAUAAAUUUAAAUCCUACAACAAAGUGUUAAAUACAAAAGUUGUGAAGCCCAUUAAAAUGAAACUUUUUUGUAAUGCAAGUUUGUCUGUAAAGUACCUUCUUAACGAUUUAAUCGUCAAAAAUCGUUUUACACCAUCUUAUUUUUGUACAUUACAUUUUUAGACGAAAUGAUUGAUAAACAAGUUAUAGAUCUUCCAAAAAUACACUUGUUUGCAUUGACUGAUUCCAUCUAUUGUGUUGUUAUAAUAUAAUAAAUAUCGAAAACAGUUUCAAAAUGGUUAAAAAAGUGUU